CAAACCCUUGCUUUCACUCAAGAGACAUCACAGCUCACUCACAACGACUCACCAACAAACCCUCACCCCACCCACCCCUUAUUUGUCUAUCAAUUGUGUACUUAAAUAAAACAGUCUCAAGCUCACCACAAGCUCACCAAAUCAUAAGACUUUAUAAGUCACAACAAACCCACCCAAAAUGUCCCGAUCACCACAAACCCUCCUUCGACUCCCCCCCAAACGAACCUUCACAACCUCAGCCCCCCACCUCAAAUCCCAACCCUACAGCAAAUCUUCCACGAGGCAGCAAAGCCAAGGAAAAGCCGACCCAAAGUCAACAACAGACGGGAAACCCGAGCCAGCACCCCGCUGGAAACGCCUCAUCUGGACCGGCGCCUUCGCCGCGACGGCAUUCACCGGGUCCAUCUACGGCGCCGGGUUGAAGACGCAGAGGGAGUGGAACGAGGAAAAACAAAAGGUCCAGGAGCUCACCACCGACGAAAAAGUGGCCAUGCUCGAAAACUCAAAGGGAGAGCUCUGGAAGCAAAAGGUGUCGCUGGAGCAGAAGUUGGGGGAGGUGAGGAGGAGGAUGGAGAAGGAGGAGGAAGGUGUGCCGAAAUAGGGGGAGGGGGUGGUGAUUUGUAAGAAUAAUUUCUGUAAAAUAUAAGGAAACAAACAUAUCGCCGCGAAGUAUUCCAAGGUCAUUCAGAACUUGCUGACAGGAGGAGCAGACGACGCGUGGUCACGCAUGCGAUAUUGGCUGAUCUCGUUCAGUCACAAAGCACGAUCAGUGGGUCGAGCACGGCAGAAGGCAGAAUAUAUUUGCUUAUCCACUGCCUUGGCCACGCCCCUAGAUGGUAUUCUGUCUCCAGGUCCUCAUCAGGAAAACAGCUUUUUCAGUCUCUUCGUCCUUGCCGCAUAUCUCUUGCACCGCCAACGGAAACGCCUACCCAAACCCUUGACCCCUGGCUGCUCUAUCCUGGUACCGGCAGACUGCCACCCGAAGCAACCUCCAGACACCAGCCCAAAUGAGAGAUCAUCGCCCCCUGCCUUGGAGCAAGUUCUUGAAAACCAGAUCAGCCUUGAACAAUUGCCAACUAAAACGAAAUUGCCCGAGAGGAAUGACUUGAAGCAACAAAGAGGUCGGUUAUUGACUCACUCAUGUAAAAGAAGUCGAGAAGAAGAUGGUCAAUGAAAAGGAAUGUUGGCGAGGAAGAUACGAGUCAAGAACACGGGAAAUGAUGGGCAAGAAAAGCAGGCAAGGGUCCAAAGCCAAAAGGAAACUAACAAAGCAAAAGGAUUAAAGAAGGGAGGAAAAUGAAGCUGAAA